AUGGACAAGCGCACCUACCUUAAGAACGCCCUCAAGCAGAACGAGCCCGGAAUCGGCAUGUGGCUCACCAUGGGCGGCUCGGCUCUUGCCAAGACCUGCGCGACCAUUCCCGGCUUCAACUGGAUGCUCAUCGACGCCGAGCACGGCCAGAUUACCGACAAGGACUACUUUGACCUCUGCAACCACAUCACCGCCGAGCAGAUCAGCCCCAUCAUCCGCAUCCCGUCGGACGAGUCGUGGAUGAUCAAGCGCGCUCUCGACUCUGGUGCUCACGGCAUCAUGACUCCCAUGUGCCACGACGCCGCCACUGCCAAGCGCAUUGUCGACACUUCCAAGUUUGCGCCUGUCGGCACCCGCGGCUGCGGCUCGCCUUUCACCCACCAGGUGUUCGGCGUCAAGGAGGGCGAGUACGAGACGACCUGUGAUGACAACCUCCUCGUCAUUAUCCAGAUCGAGUCGGCCGACGGUGUCAAGAACGUCGCCGAGAUUGCCGCCGUUCCCGGCGUCGACGUCCUCUUCUGCGGACCCUUUGACCUCGCAAAGUCGAUGGACGUGCCCUUUGGUGGUAAGGAGCACGAGGCUGCCAUCGCCAAGAUUGUCGAGGAGACGCACAAGGCAGGCAAGAAGGCCGCCAUCUUCUGCACUUCGGGUGCUCAGGCCAAGCAGCGCCUCCAGGAGGGCUACGACGUCGUCUCAAUCUGCGAGGACACUGCCUCGAUUGUCACCGAGGUCUCGCGGCAGCUCGAGGCCCUCAAGAAGUAG